CAGGCAGAAAGUCCCAGACUCGAACUGUCAUCAGUCGGGGCCAGACGGGCAUAGCAGACGUUAGACUUUAGCUUUAUACCCAAAAAGGAUAUCAUAAAAAUAAAUUAUAGCACAGCAAGAAAUAUUGAAAUACACCUGGAAUAUUUGAACGUAUCAAAUUUUUUUUCUUUCUUUCUUUUUUUUUAUUUUUUAUUUAAGGAGAUGUUUAUUCAGCGCUGCGGCGAUUACAUUCUUCUAUGAAAUAGCCGAUGUGGACCCACACCGGGCUUGUAAAAGAAUAAAUAAAUGCCUUCAAUGGAUGUUAUUUCAUAUUUUUGUUUACCAGUCUGAUUAUUAAUCAAGAAAGGUCUAGGUGAAUUGGAUAUUCUCUGGAAACUUUAAUAAAAAAAAGACAUAACCUGUAACCUGAAUCAAUUGCUGAAACGCAUAUUUCCACGCCACACUAGGCACUGAUUCCCUGCAUGCUGAACCUGAAAUAGAUUUACCGGUAUAAUCAUUAAUUUACCAUUGAGCGCCAGCCAGCUGGACACUUACAAUUAAAACAAACCACACCAUGCUCAGUGCAUGAUGGCUUUCUGGGAAUUUUCAACCUUGUGAUAAAUGCAAAUCAGAUUAUGAAGUUAUUAUUACACUGUGUCAGAGACGGGUAAAAUGGAAACCCCUUUCUAUCACGAUGAUGCCGUGAGUCUCCAAAAUGCUGGACAAAUCCCAGACUACAGCACCAGGUAUUCGAGCCAGAAAAUAAUGAGCAAGAAAAACAUGGCUGCGCAGAAUUUCUCAGGUCCUGUGGGCAACAACUCGGGUUUGAAGCUUUUACCUGGACAGAGUGGCUGCAAUGGCAAUUUAAAUUCGAAUAAUCCUGGUGUUGACAAUAACACAGCUGGCUCUUUAAUGUCUUCUACAGAUGUGAACCUCUUAAAGCUGUCCUCUCCUGAUUUGGAACACCUUAUCAUCCAGUCUAACCAGGGGCUUGUUACCACCAGUCCUGCCCCAAACUCCACCGGUAACCCUUUUAUGUACAGAAACCAGGUCACCAAUGAGCAGGAGGGCUUUGCUGAUGGAUUUGUGAAAGCCCUGGCAGAUCUCCAUAAACAGAAUCAGCUCGUCGGGUCUCCCAUCUCUCCAUCCUCCACAAUGCAGGUACCUUUCCAUAGAAAUGUCCUUCCCAGUGGAGAGAUGCCCAUUUACACCAACUUGACACCGAGCUACAACCAUGGCCAGAUCACUGUUUCUGCUUCCUAUUCAGGAGGUCAGAACCCCUACACUGUCACUGGUCAUGGAUCAGUGCACCCUGGUCUUGGGCAAGGACAUCAUCCCAUUGGGAGGGGGAUAGACGAGCCCCAGACAGUGCCAGAAGUGCCCCACCUCCCGGGGGACCCCUCCAGCUCUCCGCUCACCCUCUCCCCCAUUGACCUGGAGACCCAGGAGAGGAUCAAAGCCGAGCGCAAGAGGCUGAGGAAUCGCAUCGCCGCUUCUAAGUGCAGGAAGAGGAAGCUGGAGAGAAUUUCCCGCCUGGAGGAAAAAGUCAAGGUACUGAAGACACAAAACUCAGACCUGGCCUCCACAGCUAAUGUCCUGAGAGAGCAGGUGUCACAGCUCAAACAUAAAGUCAUGAAUCAUGUCACCAACGGGUGCCAGAUAGCAGUGAGCACAGCUACCCUGGCAAAGAGUGGGGAAAGUGCCAGCUGCUGAACCACCUGUGUGUUUGAGUCACUGUGAAGAAAUGACACAGUAAAGAAAGAUUUCUCAAGCAGCUCUGCAAUGUAAGGCAUCUAUAAGGGUACCCAUACUAUGCCCGUACUGAAUUUCAGAACUGUGAUUUAAAGAACAAAAAUGGGAGGAAAAACUUUGGGGUGGAGCCCAAUAAUAACUUUGAGCUUGAGUUUGUUAACACAUAGUAGCCCUUGACUGGUGCCAUUUAUUGAAUCUCAGACUUUGCACAUCUAUACGUAAUUUAUAUCAAAAAGGGAAAAUAUACCUCACAACCUUUACAUUGUGGGUUACAAUCCGUAAGACUCCAGCAAGCAAUGAGCAAACCAAACUUAGAAAUGCAAACUAUGGGCAGACUAUUCAGACACAUUUAUUUUAAGGAACUGUUGUUUUACAAUUGGAAACAUAUCAUUUGAUGCAGGAAGGAGGUUCUUGAUUUUUUUCGACAGCAUCCAAAGGGACAGCACUUCUUGAACACCCACAUUGAAAAAUGUGACUCAGUACAAACGUAAGCUUUCAGAUAUUACUGCUUUAUGAUGUCACUUCUUAAAGGAAAUAGUUUCUCUUACUACAAACCUCUUUUUGAAUUUGAAAAGGAACAUAUGAUAAAGUGUAUCAUAAUGUGAAUUUUAUUUUUAUGUAAACUGUUUUACAGAAUAAUAGGUGUGCAAGGUACCAUUUAAGGUCUACAUACUGUAUGUACUGUAUUUAAGUUGUGGCUACAGCCAUGUUAGAAUGUUUUUGUUUGUUUCAAAUUAAUUCUGUAAUUCUCCAAUCAAGAUGCUUUUUAACCUUGUAUUGGCAAUAUCACUAUGAAAAAGUAUUUAGUGUAUUGUAUGUUUAAGCUUAAAGUGGGCAGUUUAUGUUCACAGAAUUACCAAUACCCCCUGCUCAUAUUUAAACUGUAACUUUAUGAAUUACUGAUAUCAUUCCAUGACUGAGAAAUGCUCAGAUGCUACAUUUACUCUAAAAGUGGAUAACCAUUGAACAUUUCUUUACUUAUGCUUUUUGCAUAUUGUGUAAAAAAAAUAAUAAUACUUUACACACAUUGAAUUAGCAGAGGGCUUAGAUUUGUAUAGUCUUUAAACACAUGUGUUUCUAUUCUUUUAAAGAUGCUAAAGCGGUAUGUAAGAAUUUAUUUAUGCAAAAAAAUGCAUCUUUACUAUUUAUGUUGUUUGUGUAAAAAUGUUUAAAUAAAAAGAUGAGUGUCUGGCAGACACUUGUAUUGUUUUGGGAACUAAACAUUGCACUUGAAACAAAAAAAAACAUUAAAUAAUGUCUAAUAUUUAUGCUAUAUUAUUGUUAAAUAUGUAGGGAAAUUAUAUACAGUGUCAAAGAAGGAAUUUGUUGGAGUGACAUUUCUUGAGUAGACAUGUAUAAGUAUUUUUUUUUAUGAAAGCUAUUAGGAUGAUUCAUUUCCUAAAAUAUAGGGAAUCUUACUUAAAAAUUGCAAAGUUUGUCGCACCCAAAAUUAAACUUUUGCUGUUUGUGUAACUACUCAGAUUGUUCCCUUGCUAUGUAGCAAUUUACUGAUUUAUUUGAAGUACAGGUUCUAUCUCUGACUUUGCAAUGAAUGCAUAAAGAACUGUUCAGCCUUGAUAUCAAGCAGUUGCUUACAGUUUGUGUUUGAACAUUGAUAGUAACACAUUUGUUUUUGAGUGCACUGAAUAAUUGCUAAAUGCCUUCCAUAUAUUGAGAGUGAACUUUAAAGUGAAAUGUAAAGCUGUUACCGAACAUCAAGUGUUGUUAAGAAUAUAUUUAUUUUUUGAAACUUGAAUACGGUUUUUGAUGUUGACUACAGUUAUAUUUUUAUAUAAAAAACGUAACGUUCUCGAUAAAAAGAGGACAGUGUGAAAGAGUAAAGAGGUACUACCUUAACUGUUUAUUAAACUUUGACCAUUCCAGCAAGCGUUAAUUUAUUAAGGUUGUAUUCAAAGGGCAGUCCUAGAAUAUAUAUAUAUAUAUGUUUAAUUGUUUGUACACAAUCCACAAAAAUCUGUAUAAUUUAAUGCAUCAGGUGGAAUCGACAAUAAUAAUGCCUUAUUUAUGAACCAGGCACAUUUUUCAAAUUUAACAAAUCAUUUCUUAAAUAUAUUCUAUACUAUCUGAUUAUAUAUUCAUAUUCUCCACUUGCUUCAUACUAUAGUCUGGUCAGGGAGAAUGAGUGAUUAGAUCUGUACCACAUUAAGCCUUGAAACAAGUUUUAAUUGGUUAAGCUGAUUAGUAAUACACUACACCUUGUAGUUUGCAUCUGUCUGUUUCCCAGUGGGUGCUUGCAACCAGAUUUAAUUUCCACAAAACGGAUUGGGUUAGGAAAUCUUCUUUACUAAUACCAGAAAAAUGAGUGUGCUGAGUGGCGCAAGGAACAAGACAUGCAGCUAUUUCUAUUGGUUUGAGUUGGCUUUCACAAGGAUAGGGAGUGACCCUGGCCAAAUCCAGCCAUUAGGCUACUGAAGAUCUUUAAAACAAGAACUGAAAGACUGCUUGUGGUUAAUGUGGAAAUGAAUCCUCCCUUCAGCUUGUAGUACGUCUGUUCUGAAGAACAGGGUUCAGAAAGAGCAGGAGUAAGCCUGAGUCAUUUUCAAAGGCAAGAUGAAUCUGCAUGAUCGGUUGCUGUUAGUCUGAGUAACACCAAAUUAGUAAUAAAAAAAAAACAGAAUUAAAUAAGUAAUGCAAGUGUGUGUCAGGAUAGAACAGUUAAUUCAGAGGCAACCUACUCUGCAAAUCAUGUCUUUCAGUACGGCUGAUAAAUUAGAUUUUGAUUAACUAGGCAUUCAUAAGCCCAAUACAGCGCUCCAAAAUUUAGCACAGGCUUUCAGAAUGACUUCACACUUACUGCAAGGUUGAUUAAAAACAGGAAUAGCCUAAACUCAGAAUAUCAUAGACAUUUAGUAGGAAAGUAUAUCUUUCAAAGGUCAAUUUGGUCACCAUGUAAACUUGAAGCUGUUGAAACCCUAACCCUAACCCAUGGUGUACUGCAUGCUUGAAUGCUAUGGAAAUCAAUGUAAGACUACAGUUUGAUGUGUAAUUGUGGUAAAUUGUUGUUUUUAUGUUUAUAAUGUGUGGUUAGACUGCUAGGGUUGCCAGUUUUAGAUUGUUCUGCUUCUUUUGUUUAAGUUAAAGCAGUGCAAAUGAGAUGCCUCGCCCCUCACUGAAAAACUUAAAUGACACAUUUGUGCAAACAGCCUGGCCAUUUUUCCCUAAUACCAUUAGUUCUUUCCUAUGAAGGGCCUUUGUAGGAUAGUGAUAUUGAAUUGUUGUUUAUGUGAGUGUGAAAAAAACAAAAACAGACAUUUCUGUAUACUUUUCUCCAGAAUUCUGGUUGAUCCCGGUCAAUUCUUAUAUAUAUAUUCAAGAGGACUGUUGCCUGAAUACAACCACUAGAAGAGAAGAAAAUAGUAUUUUGUAUGACUAAAAGGCGUCUUGCCUUGCUUUUCUUUAACACAUGUUCUCUCGUUUAAUAUUCUUGAGAAAUGUUCACAGUUUUGUUGGAAAAUACAAUAAUAUAAUAAAUUGGUUUAAUUAUCAAGCGCCCAUGAAUAAUUGAGUUAUUGUUUGGAUUAUGAAAGGUCAAAGGUCUCUUGAUGGCAAAUUAUUGAGAAUAUUUAUACUGGUUUUCCAACUACAGCUUAUUUCAAGAAAGGCAUGUGCAAAUGGGUAACAUCGCACUUAAUUCCCAUCUGCGUGGCUUGUUUUAAGGUGAAAGUUCAUUAAGGUGAUUGUGUGUAGGUUUUUAUGGAAAGACACAAUGUGCAGAUUAAAGCAUGUUGUUUUCAACACCAGAUCUAAGCAAUUAUUUAUGAGGGUGGAUACGUAAAGGAAAGCAAGGGAAUUUUUUUUUAUUAAUGUAAUUAAGCCAAUAAAAAUGCUUUUCAAAUCAUGA